CUCGAACGCAGUCGGUCGCCGGACGCAUGGGCAAACGGACGUGGUACCGACGUAUAGUGUUUCCGCGAACCCCUUCAGCAGAUUUUCUAAGAGGUGCCUGGAGCAAUGUAAUCUCUGAAGCUUUUCCAUCUUUUCCCCGAAAAGUGGAUUUAUAAGGUGGGUCGAGUGGCUUAUUUCGAUACGACAGUGUGUGAGCGGAACUAGUUGUGGAGAGCUGUGUUCUUGGUGUAGGAAGGUAGAAAUAAUGUGGCAAAAGAAAAGGACAUCACAACAACGUUAUCUGCGAACUGUUGUAAGACAUCAUCCUGUGAAUUCAUCUGAGACAGCAGCCUUUCGAAGUUAUGACGAUGUUGUGCAGGAAUAAGUGUCCCUCCACCUCCUGUGCCCUCACGGUAUCUCAGGUUCUUAUGUAUUGACGGACUGUAGUUUUGGAAGCUUUGUAUCCACUGGUACUAGAAAGAAUGUAACAUUCGUCGUGAUGUGGUCCCUGUGGACUGCUCACGAAAAUGGCAGUUGAAAGCACCAUAGGCGUCAGUGGAUCAUCUGAAGUGGCUCUCCUUUGAGUUCUGAAGACACCGUGAGUUGAGGAAUCCCACUGACACUCCGCCGCAUGCGGCGGCCAUGAGAGGCCCGUCCGUGGAAAGGUGAGCCGGCUCGUGGAGCCGCCAUGCUGCGGCCAUCGCCGCCGCCGCCGCCGCCUCCGCCGCCCCCGCUGCCUCUGCUGCUGCUCGCCGUUUUCGUGCUGUUGAUCUCCCUGGAACACCACUUGGCCGCCGCCUGCCCGUCCGCGUGCAAGUGCAUGUGGAAGGGUGGCAAGCAGACGGUGGAGUGCAUCGGCGAAGGUCUCAUCACCAUUCCAGACGGAAUAGACCCAGGCACGCAGGUGCUGGAGUUCUCAGGGAACAACCUGCAGUCGCUUCCCAGGGAACGCUUCCAGAGGAUGGGCAUUAUCAACCUGCAGCGCAUCUACCUGGCCCGUUGCCGCAUCGUUCAGAUAGACGACCGCGCCUUCAAAGGACUGACCAAUCUGGUGGAGCUGGACCUGUCUCAGAACCAGCUGCGCUACGUGCCCACAGCAACCUUCAGUGACUAUCCUUCGCUCAUGAGGCUCAUCAUGAAUGGGAACCCCAUCCGAUCUUUGGAAGGGGGCGCUUUCAAAUCCUUGCCGUUUCUGACGACGUUAGAAUUGUCUGACUGUGAAAUUGAAACUGUGGAACCUGGAGCUUUUUCUGGUCUAGAUAAUCUGGAAUGGCUCAAGUUGGAUGGGAACCGUCUCAACAACAUCAGGGGCACCGACACUCUCCCGAGUACCCUUCACGAGAUUUAUCUGCACCAGAAUCCUUGGCAGUGUGACUGCAGGCUAACUGACCUGAGGGCGUGGCUGGUGACGUAUAAGGUUCCACAUACAGAAGAGCCCAAAUGUACAUCACCUGGGCGGCUGAAAGGGGAGCUCAUAAAGACACUGGACUUGAACGAUCUCGCUUGUCUCCCAGAUGUCUCCCCCACGACCCUGUAUCUUGAGAUUGCUGAGGGUAAGAACGUUUCACUCUUGUGUAGGGUGUCUGCGAUACCAGAGGCUCGAGUGUCGUGGUGGUUUCAAGGGAGGAUACUUCAGAACGAUUCACUAGUGGCUCCUGGUGUUCACCUGUACUACUUCGUAGAGGAAGGUUCAGAAGAAAAGAAGAGUGAGCUGUUCAUCUUCAAUACCAACACAGAAGACAACGGCACUUUUGUCUGUGUGGCUGAGAAUCCAGCUGGGAAGAGCCAUUCCAACUAUACUAUACGAAUAAUCGUGAGGGAAGAACCCAUUGUCGGGCCGCCGCCGUUCCCUUACGAGUACGUAAUAACGAUAGCGUGCUCCAUAUCAGUAAUAGUGCUCUUCUUGCUGAUCGGCGUGGUGGCGUGCGCGAUACGUUGCCGACGGAGGCGCAUGCGCCGCCGGAAGAAGGAGCGCAGCAAGGUGGUGGCCCUGCAGCAAGGUAAGGGCGCCCCUCUCAACCCUAUCACGAGGCUGGGCGGCGCCGGGGGCCUGGGCGGCGCGCGCGCCCCAGAGGGAACAGCGGGGGUGGUGCCGCCCCCGGCCAAGGCCAACGGCGCGCUGCUGAUGGGGGCGGGGGCGGACGGACGGUCCCACGCCCUGCCGCCGCUGCAACACGACGUCAUGAUGUCACUGGCGGCAGCCGGAGGCGGCAGCGGCGGAGCGGCCAACCCCUGCCUCGCUGGCAGCCCCCACUCCAUGAGGUCAUACGCGCUGGAGGCCAACCCGGACCUCAUCAACGACACCGAGAGCAUCGGCAAGGAGAGGCAUCGCGGGGACGGAGACGGUGGGGAGGAGGCUGGAGGCGAGAGCGGCAGCUACCAGGAGGCGAUGGAGAACGUGGUGCCGCUGCACCCGCUGCGCCACCACCAGCUGCCGCACGGCCACGGCCACCCCCACCAGCACCACACCGCGGACGUGCACCCGUCACCAGGCGCGCUCGACCCCUACCACGACCCGGACGGCUACCCGCUGGACUUCGGGCUGCCGUCGGUGGGGGCUGCGACGCCGUCGGCGCGCUUCUCUCGCGAGGCGGAGUUCCUGGCGCGCACCGCCUACGACCUGCACUACAGCCCGCCCGACGUGCGCUACACGCUGGAGGGGUACCCGGCGCCGGCACCCGCAUUGCCGCCCUUCCCAGGCCCCGCGCAGGACUCCGCAGGAUCGUACCAGGAUGCUCCGUACCUGCCCUCGCCGCCGGCGCCCUACAAAGGCGAAACGACGCACUGCGUCGGCUCGCAGACAAACGGCGAGCUGCCCAACGGCGCGACUCUGUCUCCGACGGUGUCUCCUUCCGUCCCCGACGCGGCUACUUCGUCGUCCGCCGCCGUGGGCGACGCUUCCAACAACACCGGGGGCGGCGCCGGGGCCAAGCCGCCCAUGCAGAGGGCAGUGACCGCCGCCCACUGUCUCACAGAGUCCCCUGACGAGGGCUACGUGGGCGACGGCGCUGACGGGUCCGACAUGUGA